AUGCAUCUCAAUGUGUUUUAUUAUUUUGAUUCACAGUUACAAACACAGCACCUGUUCAUCCGAUCAGAAGCCACUCCUCGUCAAGCAUUGAAAGCCAUUGUAACGACAGAUCAAAUACAAACCCAUUUCGCACGGAUAGGAAGCACCGAUUGGGAGGUGACGGCCCACUAAUACAUACCACACAUACAUACGUAAUACACACCGGGGUUGUAGAGCAAGUGCUCUCUGAGCGCCACCGAUAAUGCCUGUCGACGAUAAGCCGAUUCGUAGAGGCAGUCGAGCCAAACCGGGAGCCGAUGAAGAGGACAUCAUGGAGAAGGACUUGGCUGACGACGCCGUAUGGAAACGCAUCCAACAAAACACUUUUACCAGAUGGGCUAACGAGCACUUGAGGACAGUGAACAAGUUUGUGACCGAUUUGGGCACCGAUUUCACGGAUGGCCUGCGGCUGAUAGCGUUGGUGGAGGUGUUGGCCGGCAAGAAGUUGCCGCCGUAUAACAAACGGCCCAAAGUUAGGGCUCAAAAGCUCGAGAACGUCAAUAUUGCCAUUCAGUUCCUCAAGAAUGAAGAGAAGAUCCGUAUCGUCAAUAUCGUGAACAAGUUUGUGACCGAUUUGGGCACCGAUUUCACGGAUGGCCUGCGGCUGAUAGCGUUGGUGGAGGUGUUGGCCGGCAAGAAGUUGCCGCCGUAUAACAAACGGCCCAAAGUUAGGGCUCAAAAGCUCGAGAACGUCAAUAUUGCCAUUCAGUUCCUCAAGAAUGAAGAGAAGAUCCGUAUCGUCAAUAUC